UAAGUUUAACGGAAAGUAUUGGCACUUGUAAUUUGUGUGAAUUAAAGAGAGAAAAAUCGAAAUUUUAAAAUGGACGACGAUCAGGAACAUCUACUUGAAAACGAUUACUACACGUUUUUAAACAUCCCAAGAGAUGCUACACAGGAGGAGAUCAAUUAUGCGUAUCGUAGACAAAGUAAACUUUAUCAUCCUGACAAACAUGUGGAGCCUGUACUUAAAAAAGAGGCAGAAAUUUUAUUUAAUCGUACUAAAGAAGCAUAUAAAGUUCUAAGUAAUCCCCAUCAAAGGGCUAUUUAUGACUCAGUGGGAGUCAGAGGGCUGCAAAUUGAAGGUUGGGAGAUAGUAGAACGUACUAAAACUCCUCAAGAAAUCAGAGAAGAAUAUGAGUAUCUUGCUAAAGAAGCGGAGGAAAGAAAGUUAUUAAGGCUUACAAAUCCUACUACUAGUGUCACAAUGAAAAUCAAUGCCACAGACCUUUUUAACAAAUAUGAUAAAGACUAUGAAGAUAGCAGGGACAUACUUUCAUGCAUAGAAGUCAGUGGAAUGACAUUUACUCAAUCCAUUGAAGUGCCCCUUACUUUACAAGACAUUGUAACAAUGUAUGGUCAGCUAAGUACAAGAAAUGGUAUAGGUUCUGGAUCUAUAAAUGUAGCAGCAAAACGUCUACUUACAUCAAAAGGUUGGGUAGAACUAGAAGUUGGUGCUGGAAAUGGACCUAUGAUAUCGUUAAAAGGUUUUCGUUUAUUAUACCAUAAAUUGAUGUUCAACGGGGCAACAAUACUGGAAUUUACGCCUGCUGAUAUUAAAACUAGUCUUAUAGGCACACUUACAAUGCAAUUAGACACUCAUACAAUAGGAGAAUUCACGUACAAUGCAGGUCCAGAAAGUUCCAUGAGUACUGGAAUUGUCAGGGACACAGAUAGGACACAUAUAUCAUUUUCCGUACAUCUUGGUAUCCUACGGUCAUUCAUUAGUUUUAAUUACACAUAUAAAAUGUAUGAGAAAGAAAUGAAAUUACGAGGAAGUGUGAAAGCUGGCACAUUUGGGUUAUUUGUGGAGUACGGAGCGGAAAAGAAGAUUUCGCGACAUACUAGGCUAUCUGCAGCUGUGUCUGCAGGAGUGCCAACAGGAGUUACAUUAAAAAUUAAAUUGAACCGUUCCUUUCAAACCUACUCAUUUCCUAUACAUCUCAGUGAUGAAGUUCUUCCAGCUACUGUGUUCUAUGCCACCAUGAUCCCUCUGAUGACAUGGGUUGUGUUAAAAAAAGUUGUGAUAGAUCCCAUGGUAAAAAAACGACAAGAACGUGAAAAAGAGAAAGAGAAGGAGGUAAACAAGACGAGAAUGAUGGAAAAACAAAAGGAGGCGGAAAGUGCUACAAAAUUAAUGAAAGCAACCGUAAGUAGGAUAAGAGCUAAAGAAGAAUCAAAAAAGGGCCUGAUUAUUGCAAAAGCCUUAUAUGGAAGAUUUGUUUAUCCCCAAGAUCAGUAUAAUUCAGAGCAGCAACACAUACGUAGGGAUGAAGUAAUAGAUGUAACCAUUCCUUUACAAUGUUUAGUAAAGGAUUCGAAAUUGAUCCUUUAUGAUGCAUCGAAGAGUGAACUACCAGGAUUCUAUGAUCCAUGUGUAGGAGAAGAGAAACAAUUAUUAAUACAAUAUCUAUUUCGUAAUGAAACACAUGAAUGCAUAGUCAAGGACAAUGCACCAGUUAGAAUACCAUUACCGUCACAUAGAGUAAACACAACAUGACGCAUGUGUUACCAUAAAAAAUCGAAAUAAAGUCACCAACGUUCAUGGUGAUAGUCUGUACUGCUUCAUUAAGUCCUUUUGAUCAUUUUUAGAUUAAACUUCCACAGAUAUCUAGUUGAAGAAAUUGAGUGUUCGUUAAUCAUUUAUAAUACUUUGUACGAUAAUUUUAAUUUCCCCCAAGUAAUUGUUUUUAUUAUGUUAUCCAGUAUAAAAGAAAGCAGUACAAUCAGAUUAUUUCUCUAUAUUGUAAUUAUUGCUUGUCAAGAAAAAACGAAUAAUCAUCAUUAACAUUGCAAUCGUAAUGAUUGCAUCUCAUACGACGACUAAAUUGUUGUCACGUAAAAAAUCGAGGGGGAGGAAACUUAUGUCUUUAUGACUAUAACAAAAAUAUU